AUGACCUCGCUGACCCAGCGCAGCUCGGGGCUGGUGCAGCGGCGCACCGAGGCGUCGCGCCAGGCCGACAAGGAGCGCGCGGCGGGCGGCGGCGGCGGCGGCGGCGAGGACGACGCGCAGGGCCGCCGCGACGAGCAGGACGACGACGACAAGGGCGACUCCAAGGAAACGCGCCUCACGCUCAUGGAGGAGGUGCUGCUGCUCGGCCUCAAGGACCGCGAGGGUUACACAUCAUUUUGGAAUGACUGUAUAUCAUCUGGAUUACGUGGCUGUAUGUUAAUUGAAUUAGCAUUGAGAGGAAGGUUACAACUAGAGGCUUGUGGAAUGAGACGUAAAAGUCUAUUAACAAGAAAGGUGAUCUGUAAGUCAGAUGCUCCAACAGGAGAUGUUCUUCUUGAUGAAGCUCUGAAGCAUGUUAAGGAGACUCAGCCUCCAGAAACGGUCCAGAAUUGGAUUGAAUUACUAAGUGGUGAGACGUGGAAUCCAUUAAAAUUACAUUAUCAACUAAGAAACGUAAGGGAACGGUUAGCGAAAAACCUAGUGGAGAAGGGUGUCUUGACCACAGAGAAACAGAACUUCCUCCUGUUCGACAUGACAACCCAUCCUCUCACCAACAACAAUAUCAAACAGCGUCUCAUCAAGAAGGUCCAGGAAGCUGUUCUCGACAAAUGGGUGAACGACCCUCACCGCAUGGACAAGCGCCUGCUGGCUCUCAUCUACUUAGCCCACGCCUCUGAUGUUCUAGAGAAUGCUUUUGCUCCUCUUUUGGACGAGCAGUAUGACUUAGCCACCAAGAGAGUCCGGCAGCUUCUCGACUUAGACCCUGAGGUGGAAUGUCUGAAGGCCAACACCAGCGAGGUUCUGUGGGCGGUGGUGGCCGCAUUCACCAAGUAACUCAGCUCAGAACGCAGCAUUCUCCUCUCAUGUAAACCGUAGUUCUUAUUUUCUUUUCCUGUUGACUUCUGGUUUUCUGCAGAUUGUACUUUCCAUUCUAUAAUUGGCUUUUCUGUUAAAUUGGUGGGUGGCUCUUUCUUUUUGUAUGUUAUGCAGGAUUCUGCUGGUACGAAAGGCCUUCCUCUUUCCGUCUCAAAAAAGUUAGACUGCCAUAUUGGCAUUUCAUUCCUUGUUGCUAUUCUCAUUGUCACAUGUUUUGGGUUGCUGGUGUGCUUUGACUUUCGAAGUGCCUCCAGUCUCCCCACCAUGCCUUUGGUCAGCUUGAGUUUUUCCCCGUGUACGUAUACAUCCCACAUUCUGCCUACAGUUCAGACAGAAGUCACAAAAAGGCCUUUAACUCACCAAAGGUAAAUAUCUGUAUCUAUUAGGAUAUUUUAUACAUAGACCUCAGUUGAGAUGUGUACGUAGCAAAAUUAUUUUUAAAUUGAGACAGCACAGUAAGUAUAGAAAAUGCCCCUGGAUUUUGCUUCCCAUGUAAAUCUAUUGUAUUAAUUACAUUUGCUAUAAUUUAAUAAUUCAAUCAUAAAGGUCCAAUUGUUUCACAAAGCCAGUUUGGAAUGAGCUGCAUUCCAGUGAUGCUGUACAUAAUUUGAAUUAUAUAGAAUUGUCCUUUUUCUGGCCACUCCUGCCUCUGUCUUCUAUUUCUAAAGUUUAAUUAGUUGUUCACCUGUGCCCCUCAUUUGCUUCAGUCAUUUUUGAUGACAAAACAGACCUCAUCAUUGACGGAGAGAGACUGGAUGUGUGAUUAGUCCCAAGAGAUUUUGAGCUGUGCCAUUGAUGAUACUUUGACUAUGCAUCUCCUGUUCAGAAUUUCUUUUUCUUUUUUGGGUCUUCCUGUUGUAUCACUUCCGUAGGGAAAAGACUUGUGACCAGUACUAAUCUUGAGUACAGUUUUUUAUUUUUCUGUCUCCAUGAAUAAAUUAAUGCCUACACUUAAAUGUUUAUCUACUUACAAUUUCUGGGGAAAGAAAAUCCAAUGUCAGUUCUAGCAGAUGUUGCAUGUAAUUUGUUUGCAGGUAAUGAUCACAACUCAGAUGAUUAAGAAUUUGUAAGAGAAAGCUCUGCUUUGUUUUAAUUUUUAUAUAUAAUUAUGAUAAUUAGCACACCACAAGACUAUACCUUUGCUUUUAAAAGUUUAUUUUUACUAUGUCUUUAUCACAGUUUAUCAUAUCAUCAUUGGUUUCAUAAUGUAAAUACUAUAUAUUGAACAAAUUAAAUGUCAAAUUUUUUAUUACAUAGUUCAUGUUAAUAGUGGGGCUUUCAGGUGUUUGGAGAGUUCUUUGGUUAGUUUAUGUUGCAAAAGUACUAGAUAGUGUAUAACUCUAAAGUUGAAUUUUAAGGGAUUCCCUAAUAUGUAUACUAUCUUUUUAUCUGAAGUAAUAAAAUAAACUAUGAUCUUGAAA